AUGACUACUCCUGCCAUUGAGCUCCAGAACCUGUCGCUGUGCUAUCGCUUGGCAAAGCAAAAGGUGGGCUCGUUCAAGGAGUACUUCAUCCACCUGGUGAAGGGCUCGUUGACUUACGAGCAGCUGUGGGCCCUGCGCGACAUCAACUUGAUAGUGCAGCCCGGCGAGGUAAUCGGCGUCUUGGGACCCAACGGCGCCGGUAAGAGCACCCUGGCCAAAGUCAUCGCCCGGGUGUUGCCACCGACCCACGGCAAACGCCGCGUUCAAGGCAUGGUGUCGCCUAUUCUCGAACUCGGCACCGGUUUCGACCACGAGCUCACCGGGGUGGAGAACAUCUACCUCAACGCCCUAUUGCUGGGCCGUCGCAAGAAGCAGAUCACUGAACGGAUCGAGGCAAUCGUCGAGUUCAGCGGCUUGGAGAAGUUCAUCGACACGCCGGUGCGGAACUACUCCUCUGGCAUGCUGGCCAGACUCGGCUUUGCCGUCGCCACCGCCUGGACACCGGAUGUGUUGAUCCUCGACGAGGUGCUGGCGGUAGGCGACGUGCGCUUUCUCGACCGCUGCAAGGAACGUAUCGAUUCUUUUCGCGACCAGGGCAGCACCAUCGUGCUGGUGUCGCACAGCGCCGGCAUGCUGAGCGAGUACUCGACCCGCUGCUUGUGGCUCGAGAGCGGACGGCUGAUCGAAGACGGCGACCCCUUGGAAGUCGUCGAGCGCUACGUCGAGCACAUGCACCGCCCCCGCGCGGGGGCUGUCGCCGAAGAAGCUGCCGCGGCCGCCGCCGAAGAAUUGGCCACCGAGCUAGAUCAGCCGCCCGACGAGCCGGCAGCGGCCAGCGCGCCGUAG